CAAAAAAAAACCCCCCCUUUCUUUCUUUUCCAUAUAUGCGUUGUUAUACUUGUGGUGAAAGUAAAAUCGAAUCCGAUGGGCCUUCUGGUACCAGUUACUGUGUGAACUGUGGUACAGUUUUGGAAGAAAAUACCAUUGUCGCUGAAGUAACAUUUGGAGAAACCUCUGGCGGUAAAGCCAUUCUUCAGGGUUCAUUUGCAGGAGAAUCAGGUCGUAUUUCUGGUGGUGGUAUGUUUGGACGAGGCAGAGGUAGAGAAGGACAAGAACAAUCGAUUGAAAACGGCCGUCUUAAAAUAUCCAGCUUAGCACAUGCUACUCGAUUACCUGAACGUUACAGAGAAGCAGCACAGCGCUAUUAUAAUUUAGCUGUCGUCAAUCGCUUCACCCGUGGUCGUCGUAGUGAGCAUGUUGCUGCUGUCUGUCUAUAUGCUGUCUGCAGAACAGAAAAAAGCUCUCACAUGUUGAUCGAUUUUUCCGAUAUUCUACAAGUUAAUGUUUUUACGCUGGGUGCUACAUUUCUCAAAUUUUGUCGAGUCUUGAAUUUAAGUUUACCCCAUGUAGACCCUUCUUUGUACAUUUCCCGUUUUGCUGUUGCUUUGGAUUUUGGUGAUUAUACACAAAGAGUAGCUCAGGAUGCUGUUCGUAUUGCACAACGUAUGGAUCGUGAUUGGAUCACAAGCGGUCGUCGACCUGCUGGUAUUUGUGGUGCUUGUUUGUUGAUUGCAGCGCGUAUGAAUGGGUUCAGAAGAACAACUCGCGAAAUGAUUUACGUUGUCAAAGUGGCUGAUGUAACUAUUCAGAAGCGUCUUCAAGAAUUCAAUCAGACUGAAUCAGCACAGUUGUCAGUUCGUGAUUUCAGAACAAUUUGGUUAGAAAGUCGUGCAGAUCCUCCAUCUUUUCAAAAGAGUAGAAAAGCAGAAAUAGAAGCAGGGAAGGAGAAUGAGUCCGAUACAGAGACACGAAAGCGAAGAAGAGUCGAGCCAGAAUUUACUGAAGAGGAAGUAGAACAACGAUUGGUUCAGCAACAGAUUGCAGAUAGUUUGAAUGAUCAAGUAAAGAGUCUUGUCGAUGUAGACGUAAAUCUUACAGCAGAAGCUUCUAUCAAAGGAAAGGAAAAGGCAGAUGAAGAUCCAGAUGCAACACAAGUAGUAGAAGAGGAAGAACAAGAAGACACACAAGCUACUUUGGUGAAUGACGAAAGCUAUAUACCCUACAAAAAUGCUGAUUAUGAUGCCUUAUCUACAGAAGAAAAGAUCAAAUUGUCAGCCAUUGCAAAAGCCAAAGUGGCACACGAAGAACAAAGUUUGUUAAAUCCUGAAUUAGAGAAAGAUGCACAAGAUAUUGUAGACGAAAUGGAAAACUGGCUUGAGAACGGCUCAGUAUUAAAGGCAGCAGAACAAUUAGAAAAAGACAAAAAUGCAGAAGAAGAAGAAGCUGAAGAAGAAGCAAGUCUGUCUGAUGUAGAUUGUGAAGAAAUUGAGGCUAUGAUUUUAACUCAAGAAGAAGUUGCUCUCAAGACAAAGAUUUGGUAUAAUGCCAAUAAGGAAUAUCUUGAAGAAAUGGCAGUGAAACGUAUGAUUGAUAAGGAAAAGGGUAUACCAACCAGUCGUAAAAACAGACACAAAAAGAAAAAGAUGCAGCCUGCUUCAACACCUGCUGAAGCUGCUAAACAACUAUUGAUCAACAAAAAGCUCUCGAAAAAAAUCAAUCAAGCAGUGUUUGAUGAUAUGUUCGAAUCACCUGAAUCAAUAGCCAAACUCAAAGCAAGAGACGCCAUUGAAAAGAUGACAGGCAAAUCUAUACCAACAGGCCCAGUUGACUAUGAAGUAGUUGAAGAAUCGGGUGAUGUUAAUACUACAGGCAAAAAGACAGAGAAAGACACAGCAAAUGGUAGUGCACCUGCUGCGGAUGAAGAUGCGGAUGAAGAUGAAGACGAAAUGGAUUCUGAUGAUAUGGCAGAUGAUGAGCGUUUCUUGCGUGAUGCAAGAGCAAACUACGCUUUUGAUGAUGAUGCAGCUGAAGACUAUGGAGACGACUAUGGGGACGAUUAUUAGAGUUUUGACCUCAUUUAUACACACGCAUUCACACAUAUAUAUAUUCUUUAAUAUACACUGUAAAAUAGUAAUAGCAUUAAAUAAACAGCGAAAGUAAAGUUUAUUUUAAACACAAGGUAAUACUAGGCGCACACGGCUUUCUAUUUUAGGUCAUUACCC